GUGGGGGGGGGUGGGAGAGGAGGCCCAGCCGCCGCCGCGGGGAGCGUCGUUCUCUCCGGGAGGGGCGGACAGGCCGCAGCCUGGCGGGGCCGGAGCGUCCCCCGCGGUGGGGAGGGGAUAGCGGAACGGACCCGGAGGAGAUGGAGGGCGAAGGAGCCCCUUCGUGGCGGGGUGGGUCCGGGGGGCUGAUCCGAGAGCUGUGCCGCUCCUUCGGUCACUACAACCGGCACCUGGCUCGGCUGCAGCACAACCUGCGCGAGACCAAGAAGUUCUUCCGCGACGUCAAAUACUCCCAGGGGAACCUCUUCGCCUCGGGGGUGACGAUCGGAGAGGGCUCCCCGAGCGGGGCCGGGGGCGGCGGAACUCGGGAUGGCGCAUUCUGCAACGCAUGGGCUGCCACGGAACUUGAGGAAUUUGGAAGAUCUCAGCGUCUGCAAGAAGUGUGGAUGAAACACAACAGAAAGACAAAUGAGACUGGGAAUACAGGAGGGGAUGGGUCAACGCUGAGGGCUUCUGCAGGGCAGAACUUCAUUUCCUUCCCUCGCCAUGAGGAAGAACACCUCCAGCAGACUGUAAGCUGGCACCCUUGCCUCCUGAUUCUUGGCCAGAACUGUAAUGCCAAGUGCCAGCUACUCAACAUCCUGCUGGGCGAGAAGCUGCUCCCCACCACCAAAAUCAGCAGCGAGGAGAACUGCAAGCGGCGGCGGAUCCGUUUCACGCAUGGGACACAAACACGGGUUAGUCUAGCGCUUCCUGAGCAAUACGAACUGGUCCAUAUGAUGGCAGCCCACCGAGGGCACUGGGACACCAUCCCUGAGGAGGACUUAGAAAUCCGUGGGGACAGCGAAGAUCCUGCUCACCGCAUAGCGGAGCUGGAGGUCGUGCUGCCGUACUCGCUGCUAAAGGAGGUGGAUGUCGUGGUAGCGCCGUGUCGUGGAUUCCAGUCUGCUGAAGCCACCUUGGGAGAGUACAUGAACCAGGUCUUGCUUGUUGUCAUCUUUGCCAUCAGCGAGGCCGAACUUUCAUCAUCAGAUGAGAACGAACUGCGUGAAAUCAAAGAGAAAUUCUCUUUGCCCAUUUUCUUCUUCAAGGUGCCGGAGUCGGGAGUUGAGCUGAUCUCUCCCAAAAAAACUGAUAACGAAAAGUCCUCUCUUUACUGCCAGCUGAUGGACUUGGAGUACCUGAGUACCAACCACUGCAGCUGCGGGGCUCCCAGCCCCGACGCCGAUGCCCAGAGCAUGCUGGUGGAGCAGCUGGAGAAGCUCCGUCUCCUAAGCACUUUUUCCAGGCAGGUGCUGCAGAAGCAUCUCGUGGAAGCAGCCACCAGUUUAAACGAGGUUCACUGCCGCUGCCUCAACAUCUUCAUCAACCAGGCCUUCGACAUGCAGCGGGACCUGCAGAUCACCCCCAAGAGGCUGGAGUACACCCGCAGGAAGGAGAACGAGCUCUAUGAGUCUCUGAUGAACAUUGCCAACCGCAAACAGGAGGAGAUGAAGGACAUGAUCAUAGAGACUCUUAGCAAUAUGAAAGAGGAGCUCUUGGAAGAUGCUGCUAAUAUGGAAUUCAAAGAUAUCAUAAUUCCUGAGAAUGGGGAACCUGUUAGCUCCAAGGACAUAAAGUGUUGUAUUAAACAAAUUCAGGAACUGAUUAUUUCUCGGUUAAACCAAGCAGUUGCCAACAAGUUAAUUAGUUCAGUGGACUAUCUGCGAGAGAGCUUCGUAGGGACUCUGGAGAGAUGCCUGAAGAGCCUGGAGGAGUCCUGGGAGGUUUCAGUACACCCCGCCAGGAGUUUGGAGAAGUCAAAGGAUGUUUCUGUACACAUCACAAGCAAUUAUCUCAAGCAGAUCCUGAAUGCAGCCUAUCAUGUUGAAGUCACAUUCCACUCUGGCUCAACAGUAACCAGGAUGCUGUGGGAACAGAUCAAACAAAUAAUCCAGCGGAUUACAUGGGUCAGCCCACCUGCCAUCACCAGUGACUGGAAGAGGAAAGUUGCUCAGGAUGCUAUUGAGAGCCUCAGUGCAUCCAAGUUAGCCAAGAGCAUUUGCAGCCAGUUCCGGACCAGGCUAAACAGCUCCCAUGAGGCAUUUGCAGCUUCUCUGCGGCAGUUAGAAGAUGGCCAUUCUGGCAGGCUGGAGAAAACAGAAGACCUGUGGCUGAAGGUGCGGAAAGAUCAUGCCCCUCGGCUAGCACGACUCUCGCUGGAGAGCAGGUCCCUCCAGGAUGUGCUGUUGCAUGGCAAACCAAAGUUGGGCCGUGAGCUGGGCCGAGGACAGUAUGGCGUGGUCUAUCUGUGUGACAGCUGGGGAGGGCAUUUCCCCUGUGCACUGAAAUCCGUUGUUCCUCCAGAUGAGAAGCACUGGAAUGACCUUGCACUUGAGUUUCACUAUAUGAGGUCUCUACAGACACACGAGCGGCUCGUGCAUCUCCAUGGCUCUGUGAUAGAUUAUGGCUAUGGAGGAGGUUCCAGCAUUGCUGUCCUACUGAUAAUGGAACGGUUGCACAGAGACCUCUAUACAGGACUAAAGGCUGGGCUAGAAUUAGAAACGCGGUUACAGAUUGCCUUGGAUGUGGUUGAAGGAAUCCGUUAUCUUCACAGUCAGGGACUUGUGCACCGGGAUAUCAAACUUAAGAAUGUCUUGCUUGACAAAAAGAAUCGAGCCAAAAUCACUGACCUGGGGUUCUGCAAACCAGAAGCCAUGAUGUCUGGCAGUAUUGUAGGCACACCCAUUCAUAUGGCUCCCGAACUUUUUACAGGAAAAUAUGAUAACUCAGUGGAUGUUUAUGCGUUUGGCAUUCUGUUUUGGUACAUUUGUUCGGGACACGUGAAGUUGCCAGAGGCUUUUGAGAGAUGUGCAAGCAAAGAUCACCUUUGGAACAAUGUCAGAAAAGGAGUUCGCCCAGAGCGCCUUCCCGUGUUUGACGAGGAAUGCUGGCAGCUGAUGGAAGCCUGCUGGGAUGGAGAUUCCUCCCAGCGCCCUCUCUUGGGGAUUGUCCAACCUAUGCUGCAGGGGAUCAUGGACAGGCUCUGCAAGUCGAGCUCUGAGCACCCAAAUAAAGGGUUGGAUGACUCUACUUGAAAAGGAAGCACAGAAGGAUUUUUAAUUGUGGGAGAAUUCGGAACCCCUAACUCUGCAGAUGGCUUCUUCAGAUGCAGCUCUUUGUGGCUAACAUGAGUGGGACAGGUAAUAGCAACCAGAAGAUUGCUCGUAGAGGUGAGACCUUGGGGAUGUUCCAUCUUGAGCAGCAGCCAGAGACAUCUCCCCAGUACACUCCAUUGAUGCUAGUUACCCUGCUGCAGCUUUUAUUAUGGAGUUGUGCAAGUACGAUGGAAAAAAAAGAAAUCCACUCCCCCGAACUGAAAGGGAUUUUUGCCAAUCCCACACAAACACCAAUCAAAGAAAAGCAUCUUGUGUGUUUGGGUAGCAUCUGUGUUGCUAGGAAUUGAUCGUGGCAGUCUUUACUGAGUAAAGUAACAGCUCUCUUCCCAUUAACUGAUGGUCCUCAGUGGCCUUCAGUCCACGCAUAACUCUAUCCCAAUCACAUAGAGAUUGGCACCAAUUACAGUGGGACCAGAGGAAAGAGAAAGUAGAGGCUUUAGGCUAGAAGGUGUUCAGAAGCUAAGAGGAUCUGUAUCUGUAUUAGCUUCGUGCAACGCUCAAAAUGUUUACAUUGACAGGAGCAAAGCUUCCAUGUUUUACCUAAGGGGGAUUAUCUACUGUUCCACUGCAGUUUAAAGACCCCAAGUUAUAAGCUAUUUAUCUCUUAUGUUCCCUUCACCUCUUAACUUCUGUAAACAAGCUCAUUUCUGGUACUUUUGGUUCGUAAUAGUUAUCUGAAUGUCUGAAGAAACCGGACCUUUUUGUUUUUCUCAGUCUUCUGGUAAAAUGGAAGACUGCUCAGAUUACAUAAUACAAAAACAUAAAGUCAUUACAUCUAAUGACUGUCCUUGGGGAAAAUGCCAAUUCAUUUUAAUUAAAUUUGGGGUUUGAAUUGGUUGUGAACGCAAAGACAGUUUUAAAUUGUACUAACUAUGACAGACUUUUUUUUUUUUUUUUAAAAUAAGGUUUCUUCAGCUUUUUUUUUUUUAAUUUCACGUGCUUGGUGAGAACACAGUCAAGGGAAAACAGGUCAUGCAUUCUUCUUCCUCAGUAGCUUGUGUGUUGUGUCCAUUCAUCUGAUUGCUUCACUCUGGGAUCUCUAAUUUGGCUCUGCUGGUGCUCUUAUGAAGAGGGUUGCUCUCGAAUGUUCUUGCCCCUUGUCUUUUGCAUUUCUGGGCAACAAGCCUAUGGGGUGGAGGCUGAGAUAGAAACUGCACCUUGUUUACUACAUGAGGAAACAGAGUUGGCAAGUUCUCCCUAGGUUUCCUGUUCUCCCCAGCUGCAUGGGAUGGGCACCCGAUGGCUUUGUUUCCCAGGGAAGCUGGCAUACUGCAUCCAGAACUGCAGGCACGUGGAAUUACUGCACCUUGUUGCUGGAGUUUAUUGGCUAGUACACAACAAAAUUACAGGUGAUAAUCUGCCUGUUAAACAGCCUGAGCAAUGGGAAGGGAUACGUAAUCCUGCAGUAGUAGUUUAGUUUAAAUCUCUCCUUCUUUGUGCAAUAAACAGACUUAAUGCUUUUUUAUAUUUAAAAAAAAACCUUUUUUUUUUUUUUAACUUGCCUGCACAUCUAAGCAUUUUCCUGCUCUGUGAUGGCAUUAACAACACAGCUCUAUACAGACACAUCUUCUACAGGGGCAGCAGCCAAAACUGCGUGUGCAGAAGAACGAAUGCUUUUCCCAACCAGAAUUGCUGGGCAUCACAUUGCCUGGGUGCACGUUCAUGCCACCCAUGACACUAAUAGCAUUAACAGUUUUACUGUGCGUGGUGGUUAUAACCUUAUUUAAAACAAGGAGAGUCCAGGUCAGUCUCUUGCGAUUAAUAGAUAUAACUUGUGUAAAUAAAUGUACGAAUAAAACUGAAAUCUCUGUA